AUGGGAGACAGGACUCACUUCAACAGAACUGACGAAACCGGCCAAUUCGCAGUCCAGCACACGUCGGCAGCACUCACCAUUAAUGAGAACGCCGACUCUGAUGUCCGCCGCGAUAUGGAAGUCACCCUCAACAAGCUAGCGCCAGUGGAUCGAGAUCAUGUUCACACAAUGGAAGGGCCGGAUGAUAUGCCAGGGCAUGUCAAAUCGUCGUUGUUCGGGGUGUCCCUCAAUAUCCCCAUUUCACAAGGGCAGCUGGCACUUGGUACAUGGCAAGGGAUCUGGUUGGCCGAAGCUAGGGAUUCCGGAGGUCGUCGAAAGAUACUAGUUACACUCCAGGGACUGACAGCGUAG